AUGCCUCCUGGCAAGGGGCAGAUGACCCCGCUGCUGACCGCCCCGAAGGCCUCUACACCCAACAUCCAUGGCCCCACUGCAGGGGGGUGCACUCAGCCCCCAGAGGGUCCUAGCACUCCCCAGGGUCACAGCAAGAAGAAGAGUCGCAAGCACCAGCGGUUCAUGAAGCGCCGGGCGCUGCUGGAGCAGAAGGGGCUGCUGAGCCCCCACCAUAACCUGGGCUGUGGGAAGAUCUCCAAGUCCAAACAGGUCCCCUCCCCAUCUGCCUCUCCAGACAGCAUAGCCAGGCAUCACUCUGUGCUGCUGUCCCAGGAGAAUGGCAGCUCCAAGGGGGUACGGACAUCCUCCCCACUCCUUCGCCCUGGCAAGUAUGUGGCCAUCGACUGUGAGAUGGUGGGCACUGGUCCUCGGGGCAGGCAGAGCGAGCUGGCGCGGUGCUCCGUAGUGAACUAUGAAGGGGACGUCAUCUAUGACAAGUAUGUCCAGCCUGAGCUCCCCAUUGUGGACUACCGGACACGCUGGAGUGGCAUCACCAAGCAGCACAUGAAGAGUGCAAUUCCCUUCAAGACUGCCCAGGCAGAGAUCCUGAAGAUCUUGAAAGACAAGAUUGUGGUAGGACACGCCAUCCACCAUGACUUCCAAGCCCUAAAGUACUUCCACCCGAAAGACAGGACUCGAGACACCAGCCAGAUCCCUGUGCUGAAACAGAAGGCAGGGCUGCCUAUCAAGGCCAGCGUCUCCCUCAAGAGCUUGGCCAGGCACCUGCUCCGUAAGAAGAUUCAGGUCGGCUGCACAGGGCACUCGUCGGUGGAGGAUGCUCAGACUGCCAUGGAGCUGUACAGACUCGUGGAGGUGCAAUGGGAGACGGAGCUGGCCCGUAGCCUGCCCCCACGGCCCCCC